AUGGUGAAGCCCACCGACGAGGAGGAGUACUCGGCCUUCGGACGACAUGAGAAGCGGUUUAUGGUGUUCAUGGCCGCCGUCGGCAUCAUCUCCGCCUCCAUCUCCAGCCACAUCUACUUUCCCGUCAUGCCGACCCUCAUUCACGACUACAACAUCACCCCCGCCCUACUCAACCUCACCAUCACCUCCUUCAUGAUCAUCCAGGGGCUGGCCCCCUCCUUCAUCGGCACCUUCUCUGACGCCAACGGCCGUCGCCCGGCCUACAUCCUAGCGUUCGCCAUCUACUUCAUCGCCAACAUCGGGCUGUCGGUGCAGAACAGUUACGGCGCCUUGCUCGCCCUGCGAUGCAUCCAGAGCGCCGGCAGCAGCGGCAGCGCCUCCUUCGGCCACGCAGUCGUCGCCGACAUCGCCCCCUCCUCCAUCCGCGGCAAAUACAUCGGUCCCAUGACGGCGGGCGUCACCGUGACCCCAGCCCUGGGCCCCGUCAUCGGGGGCAUCCUCACCCGAUACCUGGGGUGGCGGAGCGUCUUCUGGUUCCUGGUCAUCAUCAGUGGAGCCUUCCUGGUCGCGUACGUGGUGCUGAUGCCCGAGACCGCCCGCAAGGUGGUCGGCAACGGUCGCGUCACUCCGACAGCGUGGUGGCGGCAAUCCGUCGCCCAGGCAGUCUCCGCCCGCCGAAACCCCCAUCUCGCCCCGCGCGACGAGCAACCGUUCCGGUUGACAUGUCCCAACCCGCUGGACACCCUCGUCAUCUUCCGCGAAAAGGACAUGUUCAUCACCAUCCUGUACAUCGGAAUCGGCUCCUUCACCACGACCGUCCUUGGGACCAGCACGGCCAACCUGUUCGGUGACCUCUAUGACCUAGACUCGCUCCAGAUCGGACUGUGCUACCUCCCCUUCGGCAUCGCGGCAACCAUCGGAGCCAUGGUGACGGGCAAAGUGCUCGACUACAAUUACCGCCGGAUCGCGCACCAGCUGAAUAUCCCACCCGAAAUCGUCCGGUCCAAAGAGCUGCUGGACUUUCCCAUUGAGCGCGCCCGCCUGCAGAUCGCCUUCGCGCCCGUCUUGCUCCUGGUCGCCGCUUUUAUCCCCUACGGCUGGGUCCUGCAGCUCAGGUUGCCCCUCGCCGUCCCCCUCGUCCUGCAGUGCGUCGUCGGCUUUACCUCCACCAUCUGCAUCGGUACCAUGUACACCCUCCUGGUGGACCUGGCCCCGGCGCAACCUGCGACGGCCUCCGCCGCGGCGAACCUCAUGCGCUGCUGGCUGGGCGCAUUGGGCGCAGGUAUUAUUGACUCCAUGCUCCGCGGGAUGGGCUGGGGGUGGUGUUUCCUCUUUUUGGGUCUGGUCAUAGCUGCUGCCUCGGGACUGCUGGCAUUGCAGUAUGUGCAUGGUAUGAAGUGGCGCGAACAGCGGAAGGCGCGCGAGGACGAAAAGCAACGGAAGGAAGCUGCGACCGGUUCGUAA